CAGGUCAGGUCUUCUUCCUGCAAAACUUCUCCAAAAUAAACCUCAGAAAUAGGGAAAGUUUCAAUCUUUUCCCUUUUUUUCUUUCUCAUUCUUCCUCCAAAAUUCGUUGAUUCCAGAGGGUGAAGAAGAGGAGAACUCGACUGACAGAUUUGCCUCGUUCAGGUUUGGCCUCGAACACUCAGAAAAUGAAAGGGGCAGGUGUUAAGAAGAAAACCCAGGUGGUGAACGACGAUGGUGAGGCGGAUACGGCGGUGGAAAUCGCCGGAGAUAGCCGGAAAAUAAGCGGUGACGGUGGGUUUGGCAGUGAAGACGGCGGAGGAGGUGGAGGUGGAAGUGGAGAGUCGAUUCUUCGCGAGAUGGGUGAUGAUAGGCGUACGGAGGAUGGGGAAGAAGAAGAAGAAGAUGACGAGGAUGAAGACGAUGGAGGAGAAGAUGAAGAAGAAGAAGAAAGAGGAGAUGAAGGGAAAGAGGAUAGGCUAAAGCUGGACGAAGGGUAUUUCGAAAUCGAAGCUAUUCGUCGUAAGAGAGUUAGAAAAGGCAAGGUCCAGUAUCUAAUUAAAUGGCGCGGGUGGCCGGAAACUGCCAACACAUGGGAGCCUUUUGAGAAUCUUCAGUCCAUUGCUGAUGUUAUAGAUGCAUUUGAAGGAAGUUUGAGGCCAGGUAAGCCUGGUAGGAAGCGGAAGCGCAAAUAUGGAGGCCCUAAUUCUCAGAUGAAGAAGAAGCAGCAUCGUGUAGCAUCUACUUCACAUGAUGCUGCUGAGAAAUCCGAAUCUUCUACAUCUCGUAACAACUCUAGCCUUCCCAAUAUUCCUGGUUCAGUCGACCUCAGUGGUUCGAGUCUACUAAAAGGAGAUAGGGAAGCAAAGAAUGCUUAUGUAUCCAACCAAGUCGAAGCUAACAGCGGGAGUGUUGGAAUGGUGCGACAAGUUAGUUUGGUUGAAGAGGAGAAAGAAUACGAUCCGACACUCAACGAGCUAAGAGGACCAGUCGUUAACAGUAACGGUGCAGGAUGUCCUCAAGGAGGGGGCAUUGGUUCUGAAGGUGAUAAUGUAAGACCAAAUGGCCUUCUCAAGGUUUAUCCUAAGGAGCUUGAUAAGAACAGAGGUGCUAAGCGGAGGAAGUCUGGUUCUGUGAAAAGAUUCAAACAAGACGCAUCCACAAGUAACAACCACACAACAACCACAGAUCAGGAUGUGACACCAGAAUUGGCUACAUUAGACUCUUUUGGUAGAAUAGCGAGGAUAGGGAAUGAGUAUCCUGGUGUGCUGGAAAAUAAUAGUUUAUCUCAGAAAAGCAAGACAGAGGAAUUAGCCAUCAUAAAGAUCCUUAAACCAGUGAAGUUUUCUGCAUCUGUAACAGACAAUGUCCAAGACGUGUUGGUGACUUUUUCGGCGCUGAGGUCUGAUGGGAAGGAAGUGAUGGUAGACAACAGAUUUCUCAAAGCUCACAAUCCUCUUCUGCUGAUUGACUUCUACGAGCAACAUCUCAAGUACAAUCGCACCUGAUUCAUACCGAAAGAAGAAUUUGUUUGUACACAGCACUUGUAGGUAGAAAAAGAUUAGAUGUUUUCUAUUUAUUUUUUAUCUUGUGUAGCAAAGGAACGUGUAGAGUCGAGGUAGUGGCAAGUUUUGUUUGUAUCGCGUUUUCUGGGAGGUUUCAGAUUGUAUUGUAUCUCCUCGGGUUCCUUAUGUUCACUUUCUAUCAUAGUAAAUCUUGUCACUUGAACUUCUGCUGUUUUGUUUAGUGGAGAUUUUGUUGAACUUGCUUGUUCAAAGAUCAAGUUAAUGACGAGUUGAUGCUAU